AUGACUAUCAGCCCCAAGAAGCUCAUCAAGAUGGCAAGAACGUGGCGGAAAAUGGCAGCCCUAAGCAGAAGAUCAAGAAUCUCCUUUCCCAGACUUAUUACCAAUACUACUAAUUAUGAUAAUGUGUAUGCUAUUAUUGAAAGUUGUACUACGACAUCAUCAUCAGUGGUUGAUAAAGGCCAUUUCGUGGUCUACACCACAGACGAGAGGCGUUUUGUGAUGCCCUUAGCGUAUCUUAAACACAACAUCCUGCGAGAGCUCUUCAAGAUGUCCGAGGAAGAGUUCGGACUGUCUAGGGACGGCCCUAUCAUGUUGCCGUGCGACGCGAUGCUCAUGGAGUACGUGGUCACGCUCGUCCGACGAGGCGUGCCAAAAGAUUUGAAAAAGGCUUUGCUUCGUUCCAUGGAUAAUACUUGUGGCUGCUCUUUCGUUUCUUCUUCUAAUUUCCAGCAAGGAGUACUUAAUGCAGGCCAACAAUUACUUGUUUGUGGCUGCUAG